AUGUCUGAUCUGCAUCUCGAGACCCAUUCCUCGUAUGAUGAUUUCCAAUUCCAGAGCGGAGCAUCGUAUCUUGCACUCGUCGGGGAUAUUGGCCAUGUAGCGAACGAGCAAUUAUUCAAAUUCCUCGAACAUCAAAUCCAGCGAUAUCUGAUUGUCUUCUUCGUUUUUGGAAAUCAUGAACCAUAUCAUAUGUCACUCCAAUCUGCAAAGAAGAAAAUGCGAGCCUUUGAGGCAAAGAUGGAACAGGCGCGGAUCUCUUCCUCCAGAGUUGGACGCUUUGUCUUUCUGGACCAGACUCGCUACGACGUCUCGGAUACGCAUACUGUGCUUGGAUGCACCCUCUUUUCUCAUGUCACUCCGGAGCAGGAGUUUUCCGUCGAGUCCCGAGUGGUUGAUUUUAAAGAUAUCCUGCACUGGACCGUGGAGGACCAUAACCUCGCCCAUGAGUCGGACCUCAAAUGGUUAAAUGCCGAGGUAUCCAGGAUUGCAAAGGAGGAGCCACAGAGACAGAUCUUCAUUUUCAGUCAUCACAGCCCAUCCAGGGAUUCGCGCUGUAUGAGUCGCAGGCAUAAACAUAGCGAUGUGACCUCGGCUUUCAUGACAGACUUGUCCUCGGAGGAAUGCUGGACGUCUACGGCCGUCAAAGCUUGGGCUUUCGGUCAUACUCAUUAUAACUGUCAUUUCACGGAUGAGACAGGCAAGGUCGUUUUGGCCAACCAGAAGGGCUAUCUGAUGUUUCCACAAAAGUCUUUUGAUGCAGGAAAGGUAUUUCAGCUUGGCAAUUGA